AUCGUACCUCGCUGGAGGAGAACAGACGAGAUAGGUAAACCAGAAAAAAAGGAGGAGAACGGGGAAUAUGUGCUGACAUCUGAGGUAGGAACAUCAUCUGAAUUUGACAAGCACCUCCUGCGGAGAUACAGAUUUCUUGAGUGCUUUCAUGGUGAUAUACUCAACUAGUGCUGAUUGGCCAAAACCUUGAUGAUGCACUGAUUCUACACCAUGGCCCAGGAGGCUCUGUGGAAAUACCCACAAUCCUCAGCUCCCUGAUUUACAUUGGCAGUGCCUCCGGCUCAACGAGAAAACCUUUGCAAGCCAUGAUGUCAGUCUGCGUGCCCUCACCACAUAACUCCUCCCCCUCUGUGGACGUAGCUAAUUGCAAUGGACCUUCUGCAACUCCACCCACAUCCCUCAGCCUGCGUUCCUCACACAAUCAACUGCUCAGUGGUGAUGUCAUCAAACAGGGCCAGACCACGCCCCCAAAGUGCAGGAAGAAGUACGCACUCACGAGCAUUCAGAGCGCGAUGGGACUCGGCGAAGGUGUGACGCCACCGCCGUCAUCUUCAGCAACUAGUGCUAACCCUAAACUGGCCAAAAAUGGUGCGAAUCAGUUACGGAAAGCUGCGGAACGACAGGAUCACAACAAGAACACCACGGGAGAAGACGAGGAUGGAAACACAGCUGGCGAAUCAGAGCUCAGCAUCGACGAUGAGCUGAGGAAUGUUGAGGAAUUAAGUCUAGACAGUGAGUCUAACGCUGACGACGUUCACAGUGACUUUGACCAGAACAACGAGCUUGUUGACGAGGAUAUAGAUGAGUUAAUUGAUGAUGACACUAAUGAGGAGGAUCGUGCGGAGAAUUGUGACGACCUGCUCAUUCUGUCGGAGAAAACGGACAUUGUUUCAGAUAGGAAGUCGCCCGAGCAUAUUAAGACCAAGAGUUACCUGGAGUCAUGUCUGGAUGAGCUGUCAUACGAACUGUCUGACACGCAGGAUGAGGAUGUCACUAAGCCUUUGCUGGAGAAAGAGAAGACUCCCUGUCCCUCGUCUCCGAGGAAACUACACAGCCCUGAGGACACGCCCCUCCUGUCUAUCGGCUCUUCGUCUUCCUCUUCCUCACCGGAGACGAAAAAAGACAGACCACGGACGGGAGCCAAGACAGACCGGGCACUAAACCGCAUCCAGAACCUUCCACACAGUGACGAGGAGUCCAGCUGGACCACGUUGUCACAGGACAGUGCAUCCUUGGGCUCACCAGAAGAGAGCGAUAUCUGGGGGGAGCACUCAUUUCAGACAGACCCUGAUUUGCCUCCAGGAUGGAAGAUGAUGACAGACAUGGCUGGGAUUUAUUACUGGCACAUUCCUACGGGCACUACACAGUGGGAGAGACCCGCCCCAUGCCAUCCGAUGCCAACUGGACCUACCCAUGCCAGCCGCAAACACUCCCUGGGCUCCCUGUCACCCUCGCCCACUCCAGACCAUGAGUCGAUGUCUCACGCCGACGUGUUUUUCGGAGCAUCGAGUCGUUCAGGCAGCACCACUUCUGACAGCUCGUCUGACCCCGCCCCCAUCCCGUCUACUUCGUGUCUGGACCCUACCCCUAUCCUGUCCUCAAACUCUUCCUCGUCCUCUGACGCCAAUGUUCCUUCCUGUGGAUUCGUCAACAGCUGCUACUUUCCUCGGUCCUCAUCCCUACAGAUAAUGCCAGGGAAGGAUAGACACUUUGAGGCACGCCAUCGGGAAGAGGACAAGAAACAGCCAUGGAGUGAUUUUGCAGUGGGAAAGAUUGAUAGUGAGAUCUGGAAGGAUCUACAGGCGGCCACAGUAAACCCUGACCCCAGUCUGAAGGAGUUUGAAGGUGCAACUCUCCGCUACGCCUCCCUCAAGCUACGAAACCCUGCUCCUGUGGAAGAGGAAGAUUCCAGCAGCAUUAACAGUGAUCCUGAAGCCAAGGUGAGAGUUCAUGAGUUUGUGCACAUACUGCAGCUAUUCAACGAUUACAACUCUACAGAGAACUUAUUAUAG